AUCGGUAAAGAUAUCGAUGAAAUAUUUUUGAAAAUUACGAUCGAUAACUUACCGACAGAUUCCAACCAUAUUUCUAAAUUUACGAUCGAUAAUUUACCGACAGAUCACAUUGAUCGAAUUCAAUUUGAAAGUACAUCACUUUCGAGGAAAAAAAAAGAUAUUUUAAAUAAAUGGAGGGAGAUGCAAAUGAAGUAUUAUUGCCUUGUGCAAUUUGUGGAAGAACAUUUAUGCCAAGAUCAUUAGAAAAGCAUUCUAAGAUAUGCGAACGAGCUGCUAUAAAAAAACGAAAACCAUUCGAUUCGGCUAAACAAAGAAUACAGGGUACAGAUUUAGCGGAAUUUCUUCCAAGACAAGAAAAAAAAAGAUAUUCCAAUGAGGAAAAACGUAAAUCAUCUUGGAAAGAAACUCAUGAUGAUUUUUUACGAACAAUCAGGGCAGCUAGAAAUGAAACGGCAAGUAUAGUAAUCAAUCAAAGACAAUCGAGUUCCCACAUGGCUUCACCGUCAACUGGUGCACCAACCAGAGCAAAUGAAAAAGGAAUGUGUCCAACUUGUAGUCGUCAAUUUGGAAUAAAAGCAUAUGAUCGUCAUGUAGCAUGGUGUAAAGAAAGAUCAACGAGAUUACCCAUAAGUCCAGCAACCAAAAACAUUGCCAAAGAACGUUUGGAAGCACGUAUGAAGUAUCGUGCACCUGCUUUGAAAAAUCGUCGACAAAGUAAUCGCGAGAAAUAUUCUCAAAGUUGUACAACUAUUAAAACACCGCCUAACAAAAUUAGAGAAACCGUUUCUGUGCCUGAUAAUAGUCGUGAAAAAAUUAAAGAAAAUUUCAUCGAUUCUCAAAGACCAAUUACAACUGGCAGAGGUGAACAAUUAAAUAAUACAGAAACUUACCAAUUAGGAAAAACAAAAGAAACAAUUAAACGUCCUACAGAUAGUGGUGGUACCAGCAAGGAAUACGAUCCUUUUCUAUUAGCAGAAAGACAAAUGAACGAUUUAUUAUCGGAUUCGAGUGAUUUGUCCUUGACGGAAAUUCCUUCAACUUCUUCGAACAAAUCUCACUUUCCUCUUUCACAUUCUUCCGCUUUUGUUAAAUAUCCUUAUGAAAAUAAAACAAAACAUUUGGACAAAUCCAUUACCAAUGAAUUGGAUGAAUUAACGUCAGAUUUUUCAAGCGAUUCUACGGAAACUAAUUCAAUAUCUCACGAGAUGUUUGUCAAAGAAUUUAAUGAUAUUAAAUUAAACGAUCGUGAAAAGAAAAUGAUUAACAAAGAAUUAGGUCGUAGAAUGAUAUUAGACAAAUCUAAAGCUUUGGGUAAUGACAUUGAUCAAAAUAAAUCUACUGGUUUGGAUAAACGAUACAAAAAUGACGAUAUUUCUAGUAAAAUAUCUGACAAAGUUGGAGGAUCUUCAACUAAAAUUUCUAAAUCUCAAGCUAACAAAUUACAAACUGUUCGUGCAUAUUCAGCACCUAAAUCUAUUUAUCAAAGAAAACAUAAACAUUCGAAUUCUAAUGAUAAUAACAAUGAAAUUGUUAAAUUACAUAAUAACGUUAAAAAUGAUUAUUUAACAUUUUCCAGUAGCGAUCUUAGUAUUAAUUCAAUCGUAUCUUCCGAAAUAGAUAUGAAACGUUCCAAUUCUGUUUUUGAUCAAUUGAUAACUUCUUUUGAUAAUGACGAUGAUGAUUUAGUUGGUAAUGAUUCUUUCCCUUCCUUGAGGUCCCUCCUAAGAAACGAAUCCUUGAGAACUUCUUCCUCCAAUGGUCCAAUUGGUCCCGACAAUAACAGCCAAUUUAAUGGACAAAUCAGUGACGAUGAAUUUUCUUCUACGGACAACUACAAACAACGAGAAAAUAAAAUUAAUGCCGAUUCUGCAUACAGCAGUUUAAAUCGCAAAUAUUCGAAUCACGGACGCAGCAGCAGCAGCAAUGGCAACAACGAUACGUCAAAUCUUAUGGAGGAAAAUCUUAUGGUGUCGAGGAAUAAUCGUCGAGAAAAUAAUCAAUCGGCAAUUACUAAAACAAAAUGUAGAAUGUCAAGAUUUUGUCAUGAGUGUGGAUCAAGAUUUCCCGAGACUGCCAAGUAUUGUUGCCAAUGUGGUGUCAAGAGGCUCGCACUUUGAUUAUUUUCUUAUAUUUUUUUUUUAAUUUAUUUAUUUCUUUUUUUUUUUCUAUGACUAACUUCGACAUA